AUGCCUUCUCACUCCGAGCAUUCUUCCUCUGACUCCUUGGACCUGCCCUCAGAGUCACCGGCAUUCUACCAGAACCCAUCCGCCUCUUUAGGGUCAUCGUCAACAGUCGAGCCCCCUUCAUCGCCUACUAUGACGUCCUCCUCCUCCUCCUCCUCUUCUUCGCCCAUGGGCUCAUCCCCCUUCCUGGCUCCCUCCUCCCCCAUCGAGCCACCCGACCUGCUGGAGCUCCCCACUCCAACUUCCUCUGGCACCAUCCACCAAAGUCAACCCCAAGAACGAAUCCUCAUCCUCGGCGCAACCGGUAACCAAGGCCGCGGCACUGUCCACGCCCUCCUCUCCUCCUCCAAACUGCACCUCGCCAACUUCCACCUCGCCGCCCUCGUCCGCAACCCCACCUCGGCCGCCUCCCUCUCCCUCACCUCCUCCUCAUCACAAUCCGGCGCUGGAAUUCCUCCAAUCCCCCUCUUUAUAGCCGACUACUCCUCCCCCGCCACUCUCUCUGCCGCAUUUGCCGCAUUCCUCCCCACCACGGUCUUCUUCCCGCCCAUCCUCUCCGACGACUUUGCUCUCGACUUGACUUAUGCGCAAAACGUCAUCUCCGCCGCUCGGCAGUGCGGCUCCGUCCGUUCCUUCAUCGUUAGCACCGCCUUGGGAACCGAUCGCCGCUCCGAGUUCAAAGGGUGGGGCAAGAACGGCGAGUGGUAUCCCAUGGGUAGCUACUGGCGGGCCAAAGGCGAGAUUGAGAAGCGAGUAAAAGAAGCCGGGUUCGCGAGCUGGACGAUCAUUAGGCCGGGUUGGUUCUUGCAUUGUUUGGUGCCGCAGAGGAUGUGCGGGUGGAGUUAUCUGGGGUUUAGGGAGACGGAUGAGGUCAAGACCAUCAGGACAAGUUGGAGGAAGGGGACAAAGGUGGCGUGGGUGGAUGCAGAGGAUGUGGGGGUUGUGGUGAGGGCUGUUGUGGAAGAUUUAUGCGAGGGGGGUGGGAAGAAGUAUCGGAAUAGGGGGGUGGAUUUGGCGGUGGAGGCUGUGGCGGUGGGGGAACUGGCGAGGAAGAUGGCGAGGGUGUUGGGGGAGGAUGUCAAAGUGUUGUAUGCGGAAGAGCAGCAGACCCUCAUUAACGGAAACCUCGACGGUACCGGCCUCGUCCGAGACAAAAUAGAUGAGGCCAGCCAACAGAUUAAGUAA